UGCAAUUCUGUAGUAUAUUUAGUCUGUUUUAAUUUAGUGCAAAUCUUUCACUCACAAAAAAAUCUUAUGCCUUCAAACUUCAAAUCUGUUGAUAUCUUGAAAUAGGAGCUUGAUUAUAACUGCAAUAAUGGCUGGUUGUAACCAGUUUAUGGCAUUAAUAGCAAGAAAAUUUAUUACUACUGAUUAUUUAAUUUUUAAAAAGAUCAUUCGGAAAACAUCAACAUUUAUGAAUCUUUCCAAAGAUGUAAUAAUCUAUGAAAAUAAAACUCGCUCUUCAAAACUUAUGAGUAUGCUGGGUGUUUUUGGAUUUGGUCAAUGGUGUAUGUCAAUUUAUAUGAGCCAAACAUUACUUUAUCAUAUGCCUGCAUUUUUUAGCUGGAUUCCACCUGAAAAAAAUUUAGAACAGAAAGACAAUAAGUUGCCACGUGCAGACUUGAAAUAUCGCAUUGGAUUUUCAUUUUUAGCUGCAUUAGCAUCAACUGGAGUUUUGGGCUCACUUAUUAUAUUUAAUUUGCGUUCAGUUUCUUCAAUAACACUAUUAAAAGGAGGUAAAGAUGUUAUGAUCAAAACAUUUACUCCAUUCGGAAAAUAUUUCACAGUUAUUUGUGAAUUAGAAAAUAUUUCUGCUGUGCAACAUCGAACAGCUAUUGUUUCACAAAUUCCUCUAAAGAUAAAAGGAAGAAGGUUUCAUUUUCUAAUGGAUAAGUCUGGUGAAUUUACACAACCAACAUUAUACGACAAAACAGUUGGAAUUAAAAGGACUUUUACUUAAUAUAACUUUUUAUGAACAUAAGUAAUUUUUUUGAAGUUUUUAAAUAUUCUUAAAACGAUUUUUAUUUAUACAAAUUUUGGAGUUUAUAUCGUUUAUAUGUUAAAUUUGUAUAAUAAAUACUUGUAGUAGGAAGCAUUUAAUUUCUUUUGCAAUGCAAUUGUAUUAUUGUAUAAUAUGCAAUGCAUAUUACGCAAAAUUUGAAAAAUAAAUUAUUUUAUUAUAGGAAA